UGGCUGACUUGACUGUCACAUAAAGCCCCGGCUCCAUCGGGCCCUUCUGAAAGAUGAGUAACCCACCGCUAGGAUUGCUAAAUCAUGGCUUCAUUCAUGGAACGGUUAGCCUUCCUUCAGAAAGUCCCGACUCUAAUGAAGGCGACAACAGAUGACGAGAGCCCCUGUCCUGGCUACCUUUUCCAAGAAAUCGGAAGUAUCCUUUGCAUUCCACGUUUGUUGCAAGAACUUCAAAUUCAGCAGGGAUGCACAUGUUAUCAAGCCCUUAACUUGCCUUGCUUUGCAGAAAUCUCCCAUGAGUCUUUGGCGAGUGAUCAGUGUCUGUUGGAGUACCUGCUGGAGAGGCUUCAAGUCGAAUCCUGUCAUGUCAAACUCAAGGUGCUAAAGAUCUUUGUUCAUCUGUGCGGCCAUGGCUCCAAACAUUUCCUGACUGAACUCAGGAGGAAUUCCACUUUUAUUCAGCAAGCAUCAGUAUACAGCGGCCCUCCUGAUCCCAUCCAAGGGAUGGCUUUGUAUCAGAAAGUGAGAAACAAGGCACAGGAAGUUGCACGGCUACUUUUCACUGAUACGUUUUAUGUAAAAAGUGGUGUGCUGCCAUUGAACGUGACAACGUCAUCAAUGGGUAUGGGAUCAGCAGCCUCCUACAGGACAGGAAUGCAGGGCUUUGGCUACAACCCCAGCAAGCAGGGCACAAGCAAUGACUCACUUCUGGAUAAGAUCCAGAAAGCUGCAGAGGUAGUAGCCAACGCCGUCCUUCCCCCGACGGAGCACCAGGGCAUCCGUCUCCACGACAACCACUACCGGGCCGUCGUGGCGCCAUCUGCACCAGUAGAAGUGGCUGUACCAGCGUGUGCCUACAGUCUGCCUGCUCCCAGACUUAAAGAUGAGAUUUUACUACCCACUACAGGAUCGACCCAGCGGUGUCCAGGGCAGGUUGGAGGUGGCUGGGAAGAGACUGACAGUGGCAACAUCUCCUCUCACAAUUCAUCUCAGGACAUCUCGGCGGGAAGCAAGUCGGCCUGCACUGGGAGCCAGUCGGGGGCCAGCAGAGAAAGCAGUGGGGACCUCUCGGAACGAGUGGAGGCGUUGCAGUUGGGAGACUGCGGCCAGGAGAUGGCGCUCAUUAGCAAGCUGAUGGAAGGCUCCAGAGUGUUUCUAUCCAACGAGGAGAGCCAGCACUUUAUCAAAGAGUGCGCCAUCCUUAACUGUGAGGUCGUGGUAGAGUUGCUCUCGAGCAGGCUGCGAGAUCCCUCCGACACUGUUAACAUGAGGGCAUUGUGCGCUGUAGCCUGCCUCAUGACGACCGACCUUCUGUCUCUCGAGCACAUUUUUGGAGCCACGCAGCACCUGCUCCGUCAGCUCAGUGAGGGCCCUCCAGGACCUGUGGCCAAUAAAGCCACAAAGAUCCUGAGACAGUUCAAAGCCCUGAUGGGUGGAGUUCACCAAGCCGCCAAACAAGAUCCAGCCAGCAGCAGUCAUCAGAUCAACCACGCAUCCAGCCAACUUCUUACAUCUCCAUACUUGGGUUCUUUCGAACCCGCACCCUCUCUCCAUCAUGAUCACGUGCAUCAGCAUCCGUCCUCGCCGUUCGCUACGGACACCUGUGAAAAGCCUCCCCUGACUGAGCAACAACUGCUCCUGGCGCCUAUCAGGACUGAUGUGACAACCGCGCAAGAUGAGUGUAUUCAGCCUUGUGUUAGCAGACUGUCCCUGUUCAGCGGUAUGAAGCUGGUGAACAGGGCGAGGCCUUUGUGCGGGACUACAACGCCCCACAUGGACCCGGACUCACUACAGGACUUUCUAGAAGAGAACCAACCUGACAGCCAAGCUUUGGUUGUGUCUGACAGCAGCCAGCAGUCGUCUGCCUUCUCGUUUCUCAACUCUUGACCGCUAGCAUGACACUUUUCAAAACUGUUGCUUUAAAAUAUUUUCAAAAUAUUGCAGUAUACUGCGGGGUCACUUACAGCAGUAAGUAGUUGUAAUCGUACACGGACAUAUUAUAUAUUAUAACCUGGACUACCAGCAGCCUCUGAAGUCAGAGGGCAGCCAUCUUGUGUUGCCAGUUAUGUGUUUCAGAUAAAUUUUGUACACGUGUACAAAUGUGGUGUGAUGGUUGACGAGGCAGAUAAAAAUGGACACGCA